GAGAACAGGGUGGGAGUCGGAGCACAAACCCGCUGGUAGAUAUACGUUACAUAGAUACAGUAGAUAAUACGUUACAUGAACCCGCGGGCUGACAACAAGAUGGAGAACUGUCACCAUCAGGAACAGCAUCCAUCUGUGAAAGCUUUGCCUCAACCAUGAAGAACACUGAGUCAUAUGCAUAACCUGAAAAUAAUGAAACAUAACACCGAGCCCUGAAAGAGAGACACAUUUCUUUAUCAGAGUAGUGGUCACCGAUUGCUAGAAAAACAUUUUGGCCAAUCAGUCAAGAUCUAAACAAGAAAAAAACUGUGCCAAAUCUGUCAAGAUUACCUCAUCAUGGCCCUGAGAAGCUGAGAAGAAGAAACAUAAUUUCCACCUGAACAUUUUGAUAGUUUGUCAGAGAGGAGUAGGGGGCCCAGGCAGACUGGUGACAGGGAAGGAGACAAGCUCAGCUGGAGCCAAUGCAGCAGCAGCAUCGACAGCCUGAGUUGGUGGAAGGAAGCCUUCCCGUGUUUGUGUUCCCCACAGAGCUCAUCUUCUAUGCAGAUGAGCAGAUGUCUCACAAACAGGUGCUCACCCUCUACAAUCCGUAUGAGUUCGCCCUCAAGUUUAAAGUGCUAUGCACAGCGCCAAGCAAGUACACAGUCGUGGAUGCCACAGGAGCUGUGAAGCCACAGUGUUGUGUUGACAUAGUGAUCAGACACAGAGACGUGCGGGCAUGUCAUUAUGGAGUGUACGACAAGUUCCGGCUGCAGGUGUCAGAGCAGAGCCAGCGUAAAGCUCUGGGGCGUAAAGAGGUGACGGCCACGCUGCGUCCAUCAGCCUCACAUGAGACGAUGAGCCCUCGUCCCCAAGAUGACGAACGAAGAAUCAAAGAGCAGCUGGCAGACAGCGAGUUCUUUGAACAGUCUGCCUUUCAGACAGAGAGCCGGCCUGUUGCUGCAGGACCCAGUGUGCUGACGGUGCUCCUUGGGCUGGUGUGUAUGGCCGCCCUGAUGCUCCCCACACUGGGGGAACAAGAAUCUACUGUGCCUGUCUACCUCCACUUAACUGUUAACAAGAAACUAGUAGCUGCUUAUGUUCUUGGUCUUCUGACAAUGGUCAUCCUGCGUACAUGAAGAGUUGCAAGUAAAAAGAAAAGGACAAUGAGAAUAUUGACACACCGGAAGCGCUGUACGCGUCAGUGGACAGAGCCACCAGCAGGGGGCAGGUUCUUCAGUUAUCUUCUCCACUCACACAUUUUAGCAUUAUUGCUUUCAAAUCAACAUGUUUGAGUUGAUCGUUUUCCCACAGUACUGAGCUGAAGCCAACAAGUGAGCCUUCUGGUGUGUAGGUCAAUAAACUGGUGUCAGUGGAGCUGUCCUCGUGCAGGACCCUGAGCAGGGUUUGUGAAGAAUCCUGAAGCCAUUCAAAAACUCAUACAGACUCAUUAUCCCGCCGUGCUGUUCAGUAACAGACGGUGGCUCAUUGUGAAGGAAUUUACAUGCAAAUGUGUAUUUAAAGCUAUUAAACCUUUGUUAUGGUCUUCACCUGUAACUGUCAGUAUAUUGAUGUUUAAAACAUUUUCAGUGUCACUUUCACAACAUAAUUCAGUUCCAAGUUUUGAUUUUCAAGCAGUAACAUUUUUACAUGUCACCAAAGGAAAGAUGAUGGUUUGGUGCGCUCUUAUCAAGGCUCCAUCAUGUGUUAAUAAAAUGUCAAGGCAUUU